GUUGUGGAAAUGCUGCUCAGCGCUGGAGGCAAUCCAAAUCGGCGCGGAAAGCGCCAGGAAACCGCGCUCAUGCUUGCUGCGCAGCGCGGGCAUGUCGAUGUAUUGCGCGUACUGCUUGGCCGUGGCGCUCAGGCCACCGCGGUUGACCAGCGCGGCUGGACAGCCCUCCACUUUGGCGCCUUUGCUGGCCAUGCGGCCUCCGUCCGCGCGAUCUUGACCGCCACAGCCCCUUCCGCCCGGUCCUCCCUCCUGGAAUUACGCACCGGCAAGGGGGAGACUGCUCUGGCGCUGGCGGCCUUUGGUCGCAAGGAGGAGUGCUGCCGCGCACUUAUGGAUUAUGGCGCC